AUGGCGCCCUUACUCCCUGCUCUCACUGUCCCAAACCAGAGUGGAUUUAUUAAAGACCGUCUCUUGAGUGAUAAUACUCUGUUGGCUCAGGAAUUGUUCCAUGAACUUUGGAAAUGCAACCCUUCACCAAAUCUGGCCCUUAAGCUAGAUUUGGCUAAGGCUUAUGACCAUGUUCAAUGGUCGUUCUUGUUAAAGGUGUUAAGGAAAAUGGGUUUCUCGGAGAUGUGCUGGAUUUUUCAAAUCAUCACGGGGGCAGAUUACCUUUCUAGAACUUUGGACCGCCUUAUUUUGGGGAACAAGAAGAUGAGGUACUGCACGGCUAGAUAUUCAAUGGAAGUAUCUCAUCUUGCUUAUGCGGAUGAUAUUAUUAUCUUCACUCAAGCUAGACGGGCUUCUCUCAAACAUCUCAAGGACUGCCUCAAGUAUUACAUGGAAGUGUCAGGGCAAAAGAUUAAUGAGGCAAAGAGUUGUUUCUACAUUGAUAAGAAGCAUGUGGGAUGGGCGGCGGAUGUCGCUUCUAUUGAAGGAUUUCAGCAAGGUAGCCUCUCUUGCACCUAUCUAGGAGUUCCCAUUUUCCGUGGAUGGAAGAAGACUAAUCUGUUUAUGUUUAUUCAGGAUAAGUUCUCACAUAAGAUUCUUUGUUGGUGCCAUAGACACCUUUCUUUUGGGGGUAGGCUCACCUUGGUUAAAAGCAUUCUUGAAGCUAUUUCGGUACACAUUUUCCAAGUCCUUGAGCCAACAAAGGGAGCUCUCAGAAUCCUGGAACAAGUCUUGGCCAGGUCCAGCAGAUUCAGCCCCAUUUGGAGAAGGAUGUUCAAGGCUGGGGUUAAAUGCAAAGGCCUCAUCAGAUGGAUGUUAGGAGAAGGCAAGAUUAGAUUUUGGGAUGAUACUUGGUUAGAAUAUCAGCCGAUUAGUGCCUUUUGCUCAAAGGCAGGGAUUCCACCGUUUGUAAGAGUGAAUGAAUUCUGGACAGAUACUAGAUGGAAGAAGGAUGAUGUCCUUGAUCUGCUGGAUGAGUGGGGUGUGCCGAGAGAGGUGACUGAGAGAAUCAUGAACUUACCAAUUAACACGGAGGCUGAGGACAUUGGCCGCUGUGCUUUGACUCCACAUGGCAAUUUUACCGUGUCCUCGGCCUGGGAACUUAUAAGAAACAAAGGAGAAAAGAUGGAGGUGUAUGAGUUCAUUUGGGGAAAAGGCAUUAGCCCUACAAUAUCGGUGUUUCUUUGGAGAUUCUUAGCAAACCAGAUUCCCGUGGAUGCAAAAGUGCAAUGGGGGAGUGUCCCUUGCCUCAAAAUGCCGCUGUUGCUCAAAACCAGAUAUGGAGACAAGGAUGCACCUUUUGUGAAUGGUGUGAAGCAGCAACUUGUGUGUGGAAGCAUUUCUUGA